GUUAAGGUUUACAGUUUGGGUUUAGGGUGUAAGACUUGGGUUUAGGGUAUAAGGUUUAAGUUUAUAGUCUAUAUUUUGGGUUUAAGGUCUAGGAUUAGGGUUUAGGGUAUAGGAUUUGAGUUUAGGGGUUUGGAUUUGGAUUUUGAUUUAGAAUUUAGGGUAUAGGGUUUAGAAUUUAAGAUUUAGGGUUUAGGGUUUCGUUAGCGGCAUUAGCGUUCUUAAAAUUAUCAUUUUUAUUUUUUUAGCUAUUUUUUAUUUAGUUUAAUGCUUUUUAAUUAAUAAUCUAUGUGACAUUUUAAUUGAUACUUAAGAGUGAGGUGAAUUUAAAGGAUGAAACUAAGUUUUGUUCUAUAUAAAUAUAAGAAUUGUGUCUCUCACCACAACACGUAUUUUGAUAAUUUUCGCUUCCCAUAAUUCUCUCUACCUCUCACUCUUCUUCGUAGAUCUCUCUUAGUUGAUUCUCAUGGAUCCACCAUUCAACGAAACAUACAAAACCCUUUUGUAUAAACAGAUCAAAAACACAGAAAACAAUGUCCCGCAAACACCUUUUAGCUUCCAUGUCACUGCUGUCGUUGAAGAGGUGGAGCUUCCAUUGAUUGACGUCAGCCGUCUGAUCAAUGGAGCCGAGAAGGAGAGGGAGAAGUGUAAGCAAGACAUUGCUAGCGCUUCUAGGGAGUGGGGGUUUUUCCAAGUGAUCAACCAUGGGAUAUCAAUGGAUGUGUUGGAGAAGAUGAGACAAGAGCAAAUUAGGGUUUUUAGAGAACAAUUUGACAAGAAAAUCAAGUCGGAGAAGUUCUCCACCGGGAGUUACCGGUGGGGAACGCCGUCAGCCACUUGUCUACGGCAGCUUUCUUGGUCAGAAGCAUUUCAUGUUCCUAUGACAGAUAUUUCUGACAACAAGGACUUUACUACGCUCAGCUCAACAAUGGAAAAAUUUGCUUCAGGAUCCGAGGCUCUGGCAUAUUCAUUGGCAGAGGUCCUUGCAGAGAAAUCAGGACGGAAAUCAAGUUUCUUCAAAAAAACCUGUGUGCGAAACACAUGUUAUCUAAGGAUGAACCGUUAUCCACCAUGUCCGAAACCAUCGGAGGUGUAUGGUUUGAUGCCACACACGGACAGUGAUUUCCUCACAAUCUUGUAUCAAGACCAAGUCGGAGGACUCCAACUCAUCAAAGACAAUAGAUGGAUCGCCGUUAAACCUAACCCUCGUGCUCUCAUUAUCAAUAUUGGUGACUUAUUUCAGGCAUGGAGUAAUGGCAUGUACAAAAGUGUGGAACAUCGUGUGAUGACGAAUCCAACGGUGGAGAGAUUCUCAACGGCGUAUUUUCUAUGUCCAUCAUACGACGCCGUUAUAGAGUGUUCAGGUGAUUGUCCUGCUUAUAGAAAUUUCAGUUUCGGAGAAUUCAGACAGCAAGUUCAAGAAGAUGUUAAGAAGCUUGGUUAUAAAGUUGGCCUCCCUAGGUUCAUUAAUGAUAUCUACUAAUUUAUACACCCAGCUCUAAUGUAUUCUUAGGGUCUAUAUCUAUAUGUUUUGAUUUUUAUAAGUUUUGGUUGAAUUUUCUUAACAAAUGUUGUAUUCUAGGUAAACUGGUAAUCUACAUUUAGUCAAAAUGAAUUGUAAAAUCAAUUAUGUUAAAACGGAGCUUUCGGUUGACUAUAAUUUAAAAGAUAUUAC